CAACCACUAUAUAAUAAAGGUCCCCGCUCUCCUUCAUUUCAUAUUCUACUUGCUCUUCCUCUCUCUCAUUGACUCUCUCUCUCUCUCUCUCUCUCGAUCGUGAUAUUCUGCGGAAACGAGGUUCUAGAUAGAGAAGGAAAAUGGUGAAAAUUUGCUGCAUUGGAGCUGGGUAUGUUGGGGGCCCUACCAUGGCAAUGAUAGCCCUCAAGUGCCCAUCCAUUGAAGUAGCUGUAGUUGAUAUUUCUGUACCUCGAAUCACAGCCUGGAACAGUGAUCAGCUCCCCAUCUAUGAGCCAGGUCUUGAUGAUGUGGUGAAGCAGUGCCGCGGCAAGAACCUCUUCUUCAGCACUGAUGUGGAGAAACAUGUAUGCGAAGCUGAUAUAGUCUUUGUUUCUGUCAACACGCCAACCAAGACCAGGGGCCUUGGAGCAGGCAAAGCUGCAGAUUUGACAUACUGGGAGAGCGCAGCUCGCAUGAUUGCUGAUGUGUCAAAAUCUGAUAAAAUAGUAGUUGAGAAAUCAACAGUCCCUGUCAAAACAGCCGAGGCAAUAGAAAAAAUUCUGACCCACAACAGCAAGGGAAUUAACUUUCAAAUUCUCUCAAACCCAGAGUUCCUUGCAGAGGGGACUGCAAUCCAAGAUCUUCUCCGUCCUGACAGGGUCCUUAUUGGAGGCAGGGAUACCCCAGAAGGCCAGAAAGCAAUCCAAGCAUUGAAGGCUGUCUAUUCCCAUUGGGUCCCCGAAGACCGUAUCUUAUGCACCAAUCUGUGGUCUGCAGAGCUCUCUAAGCUCGCUGCCAACGCUUUCUUGGCCCAGAGAAUCUCAUCUGUUAAUGCCAUGUCUGCUCUGUGUGAGGCUACCGGAGCAGAUGUGGCGCAGGUGUCAUAUGCCGUGGGUACAGACUCUAGGAUUGGUCCCAAGUUCCUGAAUGCUAGUGUUGGUUUUGGUGGCUCUUGCUUCCAGAAGGAUAUCUUGAACCUGGUUUAUAUUUGCGAAUGCAAUGGCCUUCCAGAAGUGGCGGAAUAUUGGAAACAAGUCAUCAAAAUUAAUGAUUAUCAGAAAAGUCGCUUUGUGAACCGUGUUGUUUCCUCUAUGUUUAACACAGUUGCAAACAAGAAGAUUGCCAUUCUUGGGUUCGCCUUCAAGAAGGAUACGGGUGAUACCCGAGAGACCCCGGCUAUUGAUGUGUGCAAGGGGCUAUUAGGGGACAAGGCCCGAGUGAGCAUAUAUGACCCACAAGUCACCGAGGAUCAAAUCCAGAGGGACCUUACAAUGAACAAGUUUGAUUGGGACCAUCCUCUACACCUCCAGCCAAUGAGUCCCACCACUGUGAAGCAAGUCAGUGUGGUUUGGGACGCCUAUGAGGCAACAAAAGAAGCUCAUGGUAUUUGCAUUCUCACCGAGUGGGAUGAGUUCAAGACUCUUGAUUUCCAGAGGAUAUAUGACAAUAUGCAGAAGCCAGCUUUUGUUUUUGAUGGUAGGAACGUUGUGAAUGUGGAUAAACUGAGGGAGAUUGGUUUCAUUGUGUACUCAAUUGGUAAGCCUCUGGAUGCAUGGCUCAAGGACAUGCCAGCCGUGGCAUAAUGAAGAUGCUCGGAUCAUUUGGCUCGUGCUCAAUCAAAGAAACUAUGGUUUCGAGGCAGGCAAUCUGAUUCUUUUUACAAUUCCUUUUUGUCGUUCAAAUUUUAAAUACAUUUCUGAUGCUUUGUUGAAGAUUUAUUUGUGACACCCCAUGUUUUUGGUUCACAUUGCAUUCAAAUAAUUACCCUCCUGUUUGUUACUCGUUUUUUGUAAUAGAACUUGAUUUGUACUACAUUUUGUUUAAUUUGCUAUUGAAAUGAUGGUAUUUUGGAAACCAUCUGUAUACUAGUGUUCAA